AUGUUUGACAAGGAUUUGAUGCCUAAGCCUACCAACAUAACGGGGGGCCUAAACUGCUCCCAAGUCUUGGAUUACGACCCAACCUCGGCAUCGCCCCAACAGCAUCCAGCGUUGAAAUCUUCGGAACCAUCAAAAGCCCUCGAGUUGUCCGCCGAAGGACUGGCUUCGAACUCGGGACUUGCGGAGGUUGUCACACCGCCAAUCUGCUCAUUGUCAGACCCCCACAACGGCAGUUUCACUUUGUUCUCGGACGACACGUCGCAGCCACUCCAUGAGCAGCCCUCAUCGAGUCAACCUUUGGAGAAUGCACUCACAUAUUUGCCAGACGAGCUGAAACUCGACGAUCUAUCCGAUGAGCAGCUCGAAACCCUGUUCGACGCAUGUCCAGUAUUUUACGAGAUUGGCGGGAACAAGCUAGUUCGAAUCUCCAAGAACCUCAUUAUCAAAGGCGGACAUUUUAUGUCAAAGGGUCAAGCUGAGACACAGAAAUUUGCGUCAUCGGCCGGGCUGCCGGUCCCUGCGGUCCACCGCUACUUUGCCAGACCGCGUUUUGAUCUUGACUGGCCUGACAGAACAGAAUCAUGGUUCAUGGUGAUGGACUUUAUUGAAGGGCAAAACUUACACAAACUUUGGCCAAGUAUGGACGAAGAUGCUCGCAAGGAGAUUGUGAAUCAAGUCGCCGGUAUUGUGACACAUUUGCAGUCGAUUCCAGUGGACGGCUUACCUCCUGGCCCUGUGAGGGAGAUGAGCUUGGAACCCUGGAUUGGACCUUGGUUUAGCGAAUAUGGUGCAGGACCCUUUUCCAAUAUUGAGGAUAUGGAGGAUUGGUACAACCAUAAGAUUGAUGUUUGCCUCCGCUUUAAUCAAGCCCCACCUGAUAUACCCCGGUUUGAUUUCGAGCGGCUGGUUCUCACGCAUCAAGAUCUUAUGGCACGGAACAUUAUCCUCGAAAAGGACUCGAACCGGCUCGUGCUGGUUGACUGGGGACAUUCUGGAGUGUAUCCAAUUGGGUUUGAGCAAGCUGCAUUGUGCAGGCAGUGCGCUGAUGAGUGGGAUCAUAUGUUCGGGGAGGCUGUUUGGGAAGCACUACCCGAUCGUCGAAGCAAGGAGAUCAGGCAAUUGAAUGGUAUCGCGUUUGGGCUAACGGCGGCUCCUCUUAUGUAG